AUGGGUAAAAGAAAGGUCCAGGAAGACAAUGAUUCUGAUAUAGAUGUCAGUUCUACUGAUUCAGAAACAGAAUUGGAAGUUCAACCACAAGGUGAACAAGGUGAACAAGGCGAAGGAGCUGAAGAGGAGGAAGAGACAGUUAAUGUAGAUUUCGAUUACUUUGAUUUAAACCCAAGCGUGGAUUUUCACGCCACCAAGACUUUCUUGACGCAAUUAUUUGGCGAUGAUGCCAAUUCAUUUGAUAUUUCAGCCUUGGCUGACUUGAUCUUACAGGAAAAUUCCGUUGGUACAACCAUUAAGACCGAUGGGAAGGAAUCGGAUCCAUUUGCCAUUUUAUCGGUGAUCAACUUGAACGAAAACCUCCCCAAGCCAUGCAUUAAGCAAUUGUGUGACUAUAUUUUCAAGAAAACCGCCGCCAAUUCUGAAUUCAACAUUAUUUUGAAGAAACUCCUUAGCAAAUCCAAAACCACUUCGAACACAUCCCAAAAGGAAUUGAGGGUUGGUCUUAUAGUUAGUGAAAGAAUGAUCAAUAUGCCAGUGGAGGUUGUUCCACCUAUGUACAAGAUGCUUUUGGAAGAAAUGAGCAAGGCAGAAGAUGCUCACCAAAGAUACGAGUUUGACUAUUUCUUGGUUGUUUCCAAGAUCUACCAUUUAGUUGCCGCCAACGAAGUGUCAGAGGAGGAAGAGUUAAAGUCUAAAUCAAAGAAGAAUAAAAAGAGUCAGACCAAGCAGGUCGAAAUGGACUAUUUUCACUACGAAGACAUUGUAUUGGAAGCUAAUUCGUCAUACAAGGGUGUAUACAACUACACCAACCACAACCAGGAGACAGACUCGAGGAGAGUCUUUACUGAGUACGGUAUAGAUCCAAAGUUGAGCUUAAUCUUGCUAGACAAGGAAAGUUUGGAAAAGAGUGUGCCAGAAAUGGAACAAAAGUUCCCCCCAUUCUAG